AUGCCACGUGCACGUAGAAAACCCAAAGCAGUUCAAGAUGGCGAACAAAACCAAGUUCGAGGACCCAACUCUGCGUUAACGCAGUUUUUGAGGGAUCAAGGUAUCGAUGCCGAAACUAUUCGGCAGCGGUGGCUCAAAAGUCAGGAGGGGAAAGAAGCUAGCAAGCUAGAUAAUUUAUCAGAAACCGAUGAAAAAUCAGCUGUUGGCAGUGAAGAUGGAAGCCCUUCUGUCGCACUAGACAUCGACUCCGUGAGUGAAGACGACGAGGAUGUUGAACUUCCCGCUGACCGGCUGAAAAGAUUGAGGCGAACCAGGCAUGUCAGCGAUAGCGAUGAGGAGGAGUACGAAGACGACGCGACGGGGUCUAGAACGGUACCUGAAACACCGGCACCCCAUUUAACUGAAGCUGAAAGAGCUGAAAGAGCUAAGAAAAGCAAGCAGAAGCUUUUGCAAAGGAAGCGAAAGAAGAAGAAGGCAGCAAACCUUCUGGAUCGUAAAACUCGAAGUGUUUCUACUUUGCAAGAUAUGUGCAUCAGUCAAAUAAGUGCCAACAUUUCAAAGCUACAAAGGGGAAGUCAAGCAAACAGCGAGACCUUUUCGAACAGCAUCCGUGAAAGCUUGGGUGGGAUCUCCACGGGAAAUUUAAACAAGUUGGCUAGAACUCUCUCAAAAAAUCGAGCGCUGAAUGAUCGAACCCUUCAAUUAUUUCUCCGCACGCAGUUGACUGAGUUGACAUUUAGUGACUGUUCAAGAAUUUCUUACGAAGGUUACAAACUGCUCGCCAUUUUUGCCCCAGAUUUGUCACAUCUUUCGCUCCAAAUGUGUGGCCAGUUAAACAACGAAGCACUCUUAUACAUUGCCGAUAAAUUACCUAAGUUAACCAGCCUUUAUUUGGACGGUCCCUUCCUGAUCAACGAGCAUACGUGGGACACCUUUUUUGGAAAGAUGAAGGGUAGACUUAAGAGAUUUCACAUUUCUAACACUCACCGAUUUACAGAUCAGUGUAUUAACAGCCUACUGCGAAACUGUGGGUCAGAUUUGACAUCUCUGAAAUUAUCUAGGCUGGACGCUCUUUCGGACUAUUGCCUCAUUUCUCAAUAUUUGACAAACGCUCAGUUUGAAUACUUGACACUUCAAUAUCCUAGCACGAUAGGGAACAUUAUCGAUGAGGUGUUGAUUAAUAUUUUAGGACAGGUAGGAAAUUCUUUAAAAGGUCUUUCCCUAAAUGGUUGCUCUGCAUUAACAGAUGAUUUUUUGAUAAAUGGCCUGUCUGCUUUUCUGGGAGAAAGUGGGCACAGCAGCCAACUUGAAACACUAGAAUUAGAGGGACUUGAUCAAAUAACGGAUGGUGGCAUGGUAAAUUUUCUAAGCAAAGUUUCAUUACCGCAUCUCGUCGAAUGCAAUUUUAAAAGAUGUUCAAAAUUAAGUGAUAUGGCUUUGGGCGAGCUAUUUCUCAACAAAGCUCAACAAAGCUUGGUGACCCUGAAUUUAAACUCGGUCAAGCGUUUGACAAAGGAAAGCUUUUCGUCGAUGCAUUGCCCUAAUCUUGAGAAUCUCAAUUUAGGCUUCCUUGGCUGUGUUGACGACGGUCUGGUGCAUCUCAUAUGCAAACAGAAUGAAAAGCUGAAGAUUUUAGAAGUUUUCGGUGAUAAUUUAGUGACAUCAAAAGCAGUGUAUCGUAAGGGAGUUACGAUCAUUGGAAGACAAAGCGAUUCUUUUUGA